CGGCCGAUCAGGAACGAAGCCAGAGAGAAAAGGAUGAAAAUCGCGCGCGUUGAAGGUGCGAAACGGCAGGUACGCCGAGAUUUUUCCGUGUGUCACACGAGAGCCUCGAGGUUUGCUUUGGUCGUGUUUCUUGGUCGUUAGUCAGGAAUCCGCGAGGCGGAUCGCGAGCUGACGAACACGAGGAAUGAUUAAUAUAAAUCCUUGACGCUCCUUUGCGAUUCUUCGAGCACGCCUUCGCUCUCGCUCGGCUACCUGUCUCCUCCGUCUCGUCGGUGUGUCGUGGGCGUGCCUUCGUGUUGGUCGCAUGAUUCACCUUGGUUCCUUUUCUUUUUAAUUUUUUUUUUUUUUUUUAAACAAGACAUUUUGGGAAUAUAGCUCGUGGAUUACAGCCUAUUCUAUCGAGUUUCUAACGACCAAGCGCGAAGACGCUUCAGUGGUUUCUCGAUUCACGCGUGUUUACGAAUGCCUGAUCAUAAAAUGCGAAGUAAAAUUCUACGUAUCAUUAAACGAUGGGAAUAAUUACGGUUACUACGGUACUACCGUUGACACCCGUGACGUACCUAUUUUCUCAAAGAGUCACUUUAUCGCGAUGCGUUUCUUCCUUAUUAAUACAGAAAUAAAAAAAAAAAGGGAACCUUCCGGUCUUCCAGUUCGCGAAACCGCCCUGAAAAUCCGAAGGUGUACAGCCGUCAGGGAGCGGCUAUUCUGUUAUUUAUCCGCAGCUUUCCCCACUCGUGGCAAGUGUUUUCACCUCUUUAGUCUUUGCUCCGUGUAGUGCCGGUCCAAACAUCGUCAAGGCAAGAGCACCGCGACGAUCGACUACGUUCGCCCCGUGAAAAAGGAAAUCCGUCUGUUCGCCAAGCAUGUCGCCAGUUUCGAAACUUAUCUUCGCUCUUUUUCUUAUGACGUUCGCGAUGACGUACGCGAAACCGACGAUAUAUAAAAGAAAUCAGGACAACGUGUUCGAACCAGUGAUGGUGCCGGUCUCUUCCACGGUAAUUCCUCUUACCAUGUACAAAGGAGAGUACGACUUGAGAUUUAUAUCGAAGAAUAAAAAGGCGCAGUCAUUGAAGCCAGAGGAUGGAGCGAAAUUGAUAACGAUGAAGAAAAGUCAAGAGAAGAAAACGUAAAAUCAUCGACGUAUACCAGCCGACCUCCUCCGAUUACAUCGUGAUGUCGACGGAGCGAUUUCGAUUUGUUGGCGUCAUGCUGCAAUGUACGAGAGCAUUCGUGGUGUAUAACCUGACUUUAGGAUCUUUGUAAAUUCGAGAAUUAUGCGUUUCACAGGGUUACGGAAACUUGACGCCAAAAAAUAAUUUACCUCUCUUACUUGAUUAACUUUAGUCGAUUGUUUUUGUCGGUAUGAAUUUAUUGACAACUGUAAGGCUGCAAACACACCGGAGGCAAAUUACUUAACUCCGCGCGAGUCUACUUCGAUCAGCGCCAAGUCGGAGCUCGAAUUACCUUUACCGUGAUCGUGGCCUUAACGCGUAGAAUACAAUCAAACGUUACAAUGUUAAACUCUAAUCAAGGUAGAAAUGGGAUUUGUUAAGUUUUUAUAUUUAAUAUGAAAUAUAAAGUAUCAUUUGUCACAAUGUGUUUACACGCAAGGAGUACUAGGACAAACGUGAUGGAUAUUUCAAACAAGAAAUACGGAAUGCCGAAGUAGAAAUAAUGACUUGUCGUACAACGCUAGAAUUAAAACGAAUCGUUUAUUUACC